AUGGCAUCUCAACAACACCAACGCUCAACCUCAACAGCGGGGACAAGGGAAAAGACGUAUUUCGAGCAGCAAAGGGAGGAAUUAAUGGGGGAAAUCGCCAUGAACUUCGAGCACGUGCUCGCCAACAUCAACAAACUCAACCGGUCACUCGAGGCCGUCAUUGCGGUGGGCAACGAGUUCUCAUCGGUAGAAGCACUAUGGUCACAGUUCGAGAACGUCAUGGCCAAGGAUGAGCCACAGGAGGAGACCGAGGGGCAGACAGAGGAGGAUCACGGGGAAAGGGACCAGCAUGAGGGGGAUCAGGUGAAACGGGAAGGGAGUGAAUGA